ACGGUGCACCAGCACGGUGUUGUGACUACGAAGCCCCAAGUCAGUGGUCUUUCGCGGCGGCGGCGGCUACGCUUCGGCCGGCGGUCUUCGCGCGCGCGAACGUUGUGGGGGCAGCAACGUCCUCCCUCCGGCGCGGCGGCGGCGGAGGCGGCGCCGGUGGCGGCGGCGGAGGCCCCAAGCGUGGCGAGCGGCCGCUGCUUCGCGCCGAGCCGGGCCGCGCCGGGCCGCGCCGCGCCGGCAGGAGACGUGUCUCCGGCACCCGGUUCCGUACCACUGCGCAGCGCAGUGCAGCGCAGCAGCACGCCGGCGGCGGCGCGGUGGCGGCGGCGCACGUUGGCCGCACCACUCAUCCUCGCGGACAAAUCUUUAAUGAGCUUACACGCAGGGACGGAGGAAUGUGGCAAUGAAACAGCUGCGUCUGUGCGCUUCGAAGUAACCAGCGCGGAAGGCCUGGUGACGGCCGACGGCGUUCGUGAGCAGGAAUGAACCGACGAGUUUUUAGCAUCAGCAUGCUAUCCAAUUCUUUGUCCUUUCAAGGAAGGUAGGGA